AUGAAGAACGUGAGUUUUGCGGCAGUGUUCAACCAUAUCCCAAGUCAAAGCCAACGGCCAGUUCGUGCUGCUUCUCAGGCGGCAUCGAAAGCAAAUGUCGACGGAUCCGGAAGUCUGUCGAAUGUCCACAAGGAGAAACGCAAGAGGGCGGACUCGGUCAACACCCAGGGUGUCAAGAAGAGUGGGAGCACAGCAGCAAGGGCAAGCCUACGCCAGAGUGGAGAUCGCGACGAGACAGAGCGGCAGCCGCAGAAGAAAGCAAAGGUCGGCAAUCCGCGGCCAGCAAAGGUCAAUGAUAAGCGACCAUACAAGGCUGCGAUCAUCAAUGAGUCGGACUCAGACUUGCCGGCGCCGCAGCUGCAUCCUCGGCGUGCUUCGAAGCCACAAACAGCGACUGUCACGGGCCGCCCACUCGAAUCCGCUGAAGAUACCAUGGACGACGAUGGUGAAGAUGCGGACUCGCAUGGUAAUCCCACUGACAAGCAUGUAGACGAGGAGAUGAGCGAUGACGAGCUAGUAGAGGAGCAGUGGGAACGGUGUGACAACUUCGAGGCAGAGAGAGUGACCAUCAGUAAGGGCUCCGGCUCACAGUUGCCUCCAACUACUGACGACGACGCCAUCAUGGUGAAUGACUCGGAAGAGGAGGACGAGCCCGGCCUUCAGUCUAACUAUUACGAGAGGCGGAGUGAUGCAAGUCCUCACCCUAGUGAUGAGUUGGACGAAGAUGAGUUCCCGGUAGUCACAUCGCGUGGACAACGGCAGCUCACGGAGAAACAGCGCGCAAAGCUGAAGACGGAGGUGCCUGUGAUUCGGCCGGUGCAGGCUGCUCCGAAGGCAACGGUUCAAUCACAGCGACGCAACGCUCCGGCGCAUGCAACCGCAACCGCAGUACAAGUUGACAACUCGGCGGACGAUGACACGUGGCUCCCGCGGACUAGGAUCGAUAUCAUCGAGAAUCCGCAAAGUGUCAAGAUAAACCUGCGGGCUCAGGACGAGGUUAUGAAGCAGGUUAUCCGCUACAGCUACACCAUCGGGGACCAAAUGGUGGUCUUUGGCCGCAAAGAUGACCGCGAUUCCAAUGCUGACUUAGAGGCUCUCACUCAACUGCUAACGCCCAUGGACAAAGCGGGCCUUGAUCAAAUGGCACUCGAGGCACUCGUUCAGGCGGCUGAUGCACUCGGGUAUACCGGUGAGCGCGACGUCGCCGACCGCCUGGAACGUGGGUCAUACAAGCUCUACAUCAGACCUCUGACGGUCUACGUUGCUCACCGGCUAGGGCAAUGUCGAACUGCGAUCAAACGAGCUGUGACGCCAUGUGCUGAGCACAUGUUCCAGCUCGUAAAUGAUUCGGCGGAUGGCGUCCACCCUAUUCCCGACAAGGUUGCAUUCCUCAAAGAGAUGUGCUACAUCUAUCCGUGGACACCAGCGGAUGGAUUUGAUCGGCGCGCUCUCUACGAAGGUCCGCUCGUCAAGUCGGCGGUGCGCUCGGCCUUUUUUGGAAACGCAGUCUAUCUCGGCGUUGGGUCGCAGAACAUCGCACUCUGCCCGUCGUCUAUGCGGAGUGUACCGUUGGAGUAUGAGGUACCGCCGGAAAUGGUGGCUCUAGCUAUGACAGCUGUUGAGUCUGUCAUUAUGGAUGCCCAUCUUAAACUCGUCAAGGGUUCGGAAUUUGGUGCCUCAAGUGCACCUGUGUACCGCGAACACAUGAUUCGUCUCGCAGAGCUGCGCCAGCAGAGGCCAAAACGGUAUCAUCGCGUUAUGCAUGAGAUCUUCGAGGCCGCGACCGGCGGUCACGGUUUGAAUACAGGAAUCCGGAUUGGUGGCUCGGACAUUGACUGGAACGCUAUACCCGACGAAUAGAUCCCAUCAUCAUAUUUCACGAAGCAUCAAUCAUAGUAAAUCGUAGUAAUUGCUCUCCUUUGCUCGCUCGUUCGCUCCGUGUUGCUCUCCUUUGCUCGUUCAUGUGCUAUGUGUUGCUCUCCUUGC